CCCGUAACCGACAUUGCCUACAACCACAGGAGGCAGUAGGAAACGGCCUUUGAAGUACACUUCGGAAUGGAACGCAGCCAAAGAUUUCUAAUCGCGUUUGCGAGCUGAGGAAAUGUCCCUCGCUGAGACCCGUAGUAAGAGCGUCCUUAGCACCGGAAGUGCAGUGAUGGUGUUGUUACUGUUAGCAACCAGCAGCUAUUAGAGUAUGUGAGUCUGCGCUGCGAGGAAAGGAGAGUGUAUUUCAUUAUUUGUCAUGUUGUGUGCUUCAUUAUUGUUGUAAAAAUGACCUCAAAUAACCCCUCCGUGUUCCUUCUGAUGGUUAACGGACAGAUCGAGACAGCUAAUUUUCCUGAGUAUGAUGACUUGUAUUGCAAGUAUUGUUUCGUAUAUGGACACGACUGGGCUCCAACAACAGGACUCGAGGAAGGAAUAUCUCAGAUAACAUCGAAAGGAAGAGAUUCCUCUCAGAACCUGGUGUGGAACUUCCCCCUGGACAUUACUUUCAAAAGCACCAAUCCGUUCGGCUGGCCUAAGGUCGUGGUGAGUGUGUACGGGCCAGACACAUUUGGGAAUGACGUGGUCCGGGGUUACGGAGCCGUGCAUGUCCCCUUCACCCCGGGGAACCACACGAGGACAAUCCCGAUGUUUGUUCCCGAGUCGACAUCAAGGCUGCAGAGAUUCACAAGCUGGCUGAUGGGCCGACGUCCUGAGUUCACAGACCCUAAAGUCAUCGCUCAGGGCGAGGGAAGAGAAGUAACCAGGGUGCGCUCUCAAGGCUUCGUGACCAUCCGUUUCAACAUCGUUACCAAGGACAUGAAGAAAUUGGGGUAUGAUGUCACUCCUACAGAGCAAACGCCAGUCGCUCACCUGGAAGGAACCUGACGAUACAACAACUUAAACCCCGUUUUAUAAACGUACAGCACAACAGUUUAACACACAACAGCUUUUAUUAUAAGCAUUACGUCGACUUAAAUCUUUAAAAUCUUCAAGCUGACUUUUUGUACAUCCUGUUACUUUUAUAUAUUUGUAAUAAAUAAAUAAAUCUUCA